CGGCCGCACUGGGGCGACACCUCCGCAGUCGCGCAGGGACGCAGAGCGUGGACAGUCCAUCUCAGGGCUACCUGGAGAGAAAUUCUGAAACUUGCAACCCGAAUUACCGAGGGCCAGCAGCCAGGGCAGGUGACAAGUGAACAGGGCUGAAGUUAGGUGUGCGCACAAAGCUGCAGAGUGGACCCAAAGGAGUUUGCGUCUGCAGCGAAGACAACACUAAGGAGCGGAAAGGGAGAUCACCGACUUGUACAGGCACCACGUGUCCAACCCCCAUAUCUGUUGAACAUGCAAACAUCCGGGUCAAGAAUUACAGUGUGAACUCCAGGGAGAGGUAUGUCUGUAAUUUUGGUUUCAAACGGAAAGCCGGCACAUCCACGCUGACUGAGUGUGUGAUAAACAAGAACACAAACAGUGCCCACUGGACAACUCCUAACCUCAAGUGCAUCAGAGACCCCUCCCUGGCUCACCAGAGUCCAGUGCUACCUUCCACAGUAGUGACGCCAAAGGCGAUGACCCCACAGCCAGGGAGCCCCUCCCCUCCUGAAAAAGAGCCAGAAGCCUUAUCUCCCAAAUCAGAUACCACACUGGCCACAGAGACAGCUGUUGGGCCAGGCUCCCGGCUGACAGCAUCCCAACCAGCUUCUGCAGGAACCACAGGGACAGGCAGUCAUGAGUCCUCCCAAGCCCCAUCUCUGGCAGCAACAAUGACCUUGGAGCCUACAGCCUCCACUUCCCUCAGGAUACCAGAGGUUUCUCCAAGCAGUUCCAAAAUGACCAAAGUGGCCAUCUCCACAUCGGUCCUGGUCCUUCUGGUUGGUGCAGGAGUUGGGGUUUUCCUUGCCUGGUACAUCAGAUCAAGGCAAGCUUCUCGGCCGCGUAGUGUUGAGAUGGAAACCAUGGAAGCAGAGCCAAUGAGUGUGAGGACCAGCAGCACUGAGGAUGACCCAGGAACCUAACCUCACAACCUCCAAAGCCCAGGGAAACCUGCCCCGCUGAGUCUAAAGAGAGGACCUGAAAGCCGAGGCGCUGUCAGCUACGGAGCUCCCGGACCCAGGGAGCUGGGCAUCAGGAGAAAGCACAUCGUGAUCAUAAAAGGCCUCCGGAAUGAUCUGUUUUACUGUGUCUGGGUGUCUCCCAUAUGCACGCCUGUGUUCUCCAACAUCUGGAAGGACACCACCACCCUUCCAGCUGGCUCGGCAUCGAGGCCGACUUCCCCAAGUGCAAGCAGCUUGAGCUCUCCUGGGAGACUCUCACAGUCUCCAUAAAAGCCUCUAACUUCACUCCAACGUCAACUCAAAAUAGUGGACAGUGGUUCUCAAUCUGUGGGUCAUGACCCCCCUUUGGGGUUGUCAAAUGACUCUAUCAAAGGGGUCACAUAUCAGACAUCCUGUGUAUCAGGUAUUUACAUUAUGAUUCAUACAGCAGCAAAAUUACAGUUGUGAAGUCAUCAUAAAAAUAAUUUUAUGGUUGGGGGUCACCACAAGAUGAGGAAUUACACUAAAGAGACACAGCAUUAGGAAAGUUGAGAACUGCUGUGGUAGACUCUCUUCCCUGUCCCCGCCCUGACUUACAGUUUACAGAGCUCAGCAACACACCCGAAGCUCCCACUUCUCUCCAGGGCUCCUCUGGCACGGGGGAUGUCUAUAAAGAAGACCACAGCUGCUGAAGACUUAGCUGCUUUGCACCUAUUGGAAAAGAGCAGAGGAAGGCAGAGGAGACAUUGAGCCAAUAAAUCCUUUGGUAUAGGAUUUGUGACAAAAACUGAACUCAGUGACCUCUUACACAUACAUAUAUAUAUAGACUUAUAUUUAUACUUCCUUUUCUGUUAUAUCUACACAUAGUGUAUGAUUUAUAUUUGAAAAUGCCUUGUAUAGACAAAAUAAAAUAUCUAUUUUCGGUACAAAAACAUAUUAAAGUUAUCAACAAAGAGAAAUGUUCCACCAAGGAAAAAAGGAGAAAGAGGAUUAAUAAGAUAUCUAAUGUGAUUAAACUCAGGUUUUCUUUCAAAAAAAA